UUUAACUUCUUUCAUUACGUUAUCACAAAUCGAACUCGACUUUUCAGUCUGUGCAUUCAUUCCACUUGGAAGAGAUGGGAGUUUUAUUCCCUACAUUUUUCUUUGUGUAUUAAUUUCAAUUAAAUUAAUCCAAAAAAAAGAAAAAGAAGAAAUUAAAAGAUACAGACUCUGUUAUUGUUUUUGUAGACCAACGUGGUCUAAAAUGGACGGUUUCCUUGUUUCGAUUGCAUCUAGAAGCGAGGUAAGAAGAAAGACGGGAAAACUCAACUCUAAAAGUUAUGUCUAGUCUAAAGGGACGGAUUUAUUUGUCACUACCGGAAGUCCACCAAGAACUUAAGACCAAAUAGUUUUUCUAUUGGUCUUAAAAAAAAGAAGAAACCAAGUAGGCCUUCGUAGUAAAUUUUUCUAAUUAAAAAGAAAGGAUGUCAUUAACAACUAAUAAAGUGUACUGCAAUAUUUGAACAUCAACUUAACAUUUAAUAUGUGAUGCUCUGGGAUUCGUUGGUUUAUAAAAUGUCAACUAGAAAAACGACGGGUCAAGCAUCAAUAGUGGAAUACAUGAAAGUAUUGAGAAGAGUUGAGAUCGAUCAUGAAACCAGUUCUGAUAAUGAUUCUGAAGUGGAACUACAAGCUGACCCUGAUGAAUUAGAUAAUCCUGUAAAGCUAGUGUCGGAGAUAUUGCCCGAUAAAGCAAUGAAAGAGAGUAAUCUUGUAAAGGAGAAAAGAGAUGUGCGUAUUGAUGACACAGGUAAGAAUUUUCAUCCAGUGGAUAAAGGAUACGCCUGGAUUGUUAUGAUAGCCGCUUUCGGAAUUCAGUUUCUUCUGAUUGGCUACAUCAGGUCCUUGGGAGUGUUGUUUGUGGAGCUUCAAUCGAGAUUUAACUCCACGUCUGCUGAGGUUUAUGUCAUAGUAGCGGCCAUGGAACUGACAGGGAGUAUUGCUUCUCCUAUGGUGUUGGUGUUUGUCCUGAAGCGAACUUCUCCGAGAAUCUGUUGUCUACUUGGUUCCGUAUUUAUGGUCAUUGGUGUGGCUGGAAAUGCCUGGUUUUCCAGACUGGACCUUCUCUGCCUGACCCAAGGAGCUUGUUUUGGUAUAUCUAUAGGGCUACUGUUCGGCACACCUUUUGUAGCUCUUACUCAAUAUUUCGACAAACGAAGAGCCCUGGCCACAAGCAUUAGCACGUGUGGUGCAAGUCUUGGAGGUGUGGUUUUUCCUUUGCUGUUUAGACGCCUCCUAGAUGACUACGCAUUCGAAGGCGGCGUUAUCCUAAUAGCCGGGGUCCUUUUGCACGCCUUUAUCUUCAGCAUUUUACUUGUACCCAUUGAAAAUUACAAAAAAAGAAAGAAUGAUUUCAUGGAUUCAUUGCUCCAAAUGGAUCCAAUAGAUCAAAGUAUGGAUGACAAUUUAAAUAAUGAGGACACCGUAGUUCAGAAAAUCAUUGCACCAGAAACUGCAAUUACAAUGCAGACAAAUAUCAGUCCAGAUAAUGAUUCAUGUGCACUAAAAGACAACAAUAUUAAAAAUUCAACGAACCUAUCAGAAGAAGGUCACAGUAUUUCAAACACAUGUUCUUCGUGUUUCCACAGUAACAGAUUAUUUCGGUCAGCGACUUUCUGGAUUCUUUGCGGAUUCUAUAUGAGCGCCUCCAUUGGGUCAGCCGUGCCGCAGACGUUCCUCCCUGCUCUGGCAGAAGAGAAGGGGUUAACAAAAGACGAUGGGGCUUUCCUCGUGUCCCUUCUCAACAUACUGGACAUCCCAGCUCACCUGAUUCCUGGGGCAAUCGUGAACUUCCGCUUGCUGCGCCCUACAAGGAUGUGCGUAGUGCCCAUGCUGGUUGUGGGGCUCAUGAGUAAUUUAACCCCUUUUUUCGUCUCAUACAGCUCUAUGUUGUCAAUGUCAAUUGUUUAUGGCCUGUUUAUGGGAACUUACUUUGUCAUGCAGCCGCUUAUCGCUAUAGAACUUUUAGGGGCUGAAAACUUCCCCAGAGCUAUGGGCAUUUACUACGGUAUUACAGGUUUAGGACCCGCCAUCUCAUAUCCAUUCUGUGGAGUUCUGAAAGAUUUGUCACAAUCCUAUACGUGGACGUUUCAUUAUUUAGGAACAGCAGCCUUCGUGGCAACUGCUUUACUCGUGGUUGGUCCAAUGGCCAGGAAAUUUGACGAGAGAAGAGGAAUUUUUCUGCCAAAGGGAAAUACUAAAGAUAUAAGUUAAACUUGUAAA